UUGGGGUCACCCCCCGUUUUUGGGGUGCUGAUUUGGGGUCACCCCCCGUUUUUGGGGUGCUGAUUCGGGGUCUCCGCAGGCGGCCCUGCCCCCCCCAUGGAGUUCGUGGCGUUGGGGGGGCCGGAGGGGCCCCCCCCGUUCUCCGACGAGCCCGGAACCUUCCUGGGGCUGGGGGCGCCCGAGGGGCUGGAGCCGGGGGGGCUGCUGGGACCCUACCCACCCCCAGGCCGCCUGUCGCUGGUGUCGUGGCCCGAGGGGGGGUCCCUGGGGGGUCCCUCCUGGACCCCUCCCCCCCCGGAGCCCCCGCGGUUCCUGGAGCUGCUGCAGCCCCCGCGGAGCCCCCCCCAGGGCCCGCUGCUGCCACCGCCCGGGCCGGCCUGCGAGGCGCGGGAGUGUGUGAACUGCGGGGCGACGGCGACGCCGCUGUGGCGCAGGGACGGCACCGGGCACUACCUGUGCAACGCCUGCGGGCUGUACCACCGGCUGAACGGGCACAACCGGCCCCUCAUCCGCCCCAAAAAACGGCUGCUGGUGAGCAAACGCGCGGGCACCGUGUGCAGCAACUGCCAGACCAGCACCACCACGCUGUGGAGGCGCAGCCCCCGCGGGGACCCGGUCUGCAACGCCUGCGGGCUGUACUAUAAACUGCAUAGGGUGAACCGGCCCCUGACCAUGCGCAAGGACGGGAUCCAGACCCGCAACCGCAAGGUCUCGGCCAAGGGCAAGAAGCGGCGCCAAGGGGGGGGCGCCGGCCCCGGGGGGGUCCCCGAAACCUCGGCGGGGCCCCCCCUGCCCCCCCCCGCGCCCCCCCCCCCCCCCCCCGAGGACCCGGCCUCGCUCUUCGCCCUCGGGCCCUUCCUGCUGCCCUUCCCCCCCGCCGGGCCCUUCCUGGGGGGCCCCGGCAGCGACUUCGCGGCGCCCCCCGCCCCCAGCGCGGCCCCCCCCGGGCUCAGCCCACAGCUCUAACGGGGGGGUCCCAAUACAGUUUGGUAGCAAAACGGA